AAUUACAACUUUCUACAACUUUUUCCCUGUUAAGCAAGAAUACCUGACAUCAAAAUGCCUUCCAGGCAGAAGACAGAGCUCCAGGUUGCAGGCAUCGUUACUCAGGGAGAUCUGAACAGCUUAAGUCCUGAAGUGGUCCAUUAUAUCAUUACCAAUGCCCGCAUCUGCUUGCCAGAUAACAUCCACAUCUGCAAUGGUUCUGAAGAGGAGAACAAGAAGCUCCUCCACCAGAUGGAAGAGACUGGCAUGAUCAAGAGACUGCCCAAAUAUGAAAACUGUUGGCUGGCUCGUACGGAUCCCCGGGAUGUGGCAAGAAUUGAAAGCAAAACUGUAAUAGUCACUCAAGAACAAAGAGACACGGUGCCUAUUGCCAAAAGUGGACUCAGCCAACUAGGCCGCUGGAUGUCAGAAGAUGAUUUCGGGAAAGCCUUCAAAUCCAGGUUCCCUGGUUGCAUGAAAGGUCGCACAAUGUAUGUCAUCCCAUUCAGCAUGGGUCCUAUUGGCUCCCCGCUUUCAAAGAUUGGCAUUCAACUGACGGAUUCACCCUACGUAGUCGCCAGUAUGAGAGUCAUGACCCGAAUGGGAACGGAUGUACUGGAUGCCCUUGGGGAAGGGGAGUUUGUUCGAUGCCUUCAUUCUGUCGGCUGCCCUUUACCACUAAAAAAAGCGAUGAUGAAUAACUGGCCGUGUAAUCCGGAGCUGACUCUCAUUGCACACAUCCCAGACCGCAGAGAGAUUAUCUCUUUCGGAAGCGGAUAUGGUGGAAAUUCUCUCCUGGGGAAGAAAUGCUUCGCUCUCAGAAUUGCCAGUCGGAUUGCGAAAGAAGAAGGAUGGCUGGCGGAGCACAUGCUGAUUCUAGGAAUCACCAAUCCUGAAGGGAAGAAGAAAUAUUUUGCGGCUGCUUUCCCAAGUGCUUGUGGGAAAACCAACUUGGCCAUGAUGCGGCCCUCAAUGCCAGGCUGGAAGAUUGAGUGCGUUGGUGACGACAUUGCCUGGAUGAAGUUUGAUGAACAUGGAAACCUCAGAGCUAUUAACCCUGAAAAUGGCUUUUUUGGAGUGGCUCCUGGAACCUCUGUGAGGACCAACCCAAACGCCAUGGAGACCAUCAGAAAGAAUACCAUAUUCACCAAUGUAGCAGAGACCAGCGAUGGUGGCGUCUACUGGGAGGGCAUGGACAUGAAAUUAGAACCGGGAAUGACUUUGACGUCAUGGAAAAACAAAGAAUGGACACCUGAAGCUGGUGAACCAGCUGCCCAUCCCAACUCUCGUUUCUGUACCCCGGCCAGUCAAUGCCCGAUCAUCGAUUCUCAGUGGGAAUCUUCAGAAGGAGUACCCAUCGAAGGCAUCAUUUUUGGUGGCCGUAGACCUGCUGGUGUGCCACUGGUUUAUGAGGCAGUGAGUUGGCAACAUGGAGUCUUUGUUGGGUCAGCCAUGAGAUCUGAAGCAACUGCUGCAGCUGAGUAUAAAGGCAAGGUCAUCAUGCACGAUCCGUUUGCCAUGAGGCCUUUCUUCGGCUACAACUUUGGACGGUACCUUGCGCAUUGGCUCAGCAUGGAGCACCUUCCAUCUGCUAAACUGCCUAAGAUCUUCCACGUCAACUGGUUCCGAAAAGACAAGCAAGGAAACUUCCUGUGGCCUGGUUACGGAGAUAACAUCCGCGUUCUCGAGUGGAUGUUCAACAGGAUCAACGGAGUAGACUGCGCCAAAGAGACGCCCAUCGGCUACAUCCCCGCCGAAGGCUCCCUGAACCUGAAAGGGCUCGGCGACAUCAACAUGGAAGAGUUGUUCGAAAUCAACAAAGAGUUCUGGGAGGAGGAAGUCAAAGACAUAAGAAAAUAUUACGAUGACCAAGUCAAUGCUGACCUGCCGUACGAAAUAGAGUGGGAGCUGGAUUCUUUGGAGGAGAGGUUGAAACAGUUGUGAGGGGUUGAGCAGGUGGAUGUAGAGCACUUCAUUUCAGUUGUAGAGAAGGACUCCUCUCUAAAACGAGAAACUUGGUGUCCCCAGCUAUAUAAAUAGGCGCAUGGUUCAGAUUCUGUACCGCAUAAUCUUGGGCUUUUCCAUGUAACGGGGGUGACCUAAGUAGUAGUAUGUACUGUAUCCUGUCUUCCUUUCUUUCUAUAUUCCUUCUCAGCAUUAUGUAUUGUAAAGAAGAGAGGG